AUGAAGAGCAUUUCCCUCUAUAUUUGUGCGGCACUGAUGUUUGCGUGCACACUGGCAUUACCUGUGGAUAAUAGAAGGGUGUCUUCUGACUCCUUGGAUCUGGAGAAAAAAUAUGCUCCAAAUCCACCUGCUACGCAUAGCAUUAUACUCGUAGUCAUGUUCACGGAUCCUGAGAAUUCUGAAGUUACAACACAGAAAAUGACAAUAGAUUUAUACGGGACCAUGGUUCCCAGGACGGUAAUGGAUUUCUCGCAAUAUGCUGGCAGUAUGAAAGGUCGUAUUAGAUCGCGCCAGAGAGGAUCACAAGAGCGUGAUUUUGACAAGAUUCUACCGAAUGGAGCCAUCCGGGGUGGCCCUAUCUCUCCUACCUCUGCUGAAGAAGCGGGAAAUUUGGCUUCCCUCUUUGAAGAGAACCACAGUUUGACUCAUGAUAGACCAGGCAGGGUUUCUAUGAUCAAAGGUGAUGCGGGUUCCAAGUUUAUAAUUGGAACCAGUGACACGUCGUAUGAAGGUGAUAGUGUUGUCUUCGGGCAAGUAAUUUCUGGAUUGAAGGUUUUGAUGGACAAAUUAGCUAAUGUGGAAACGGAUGAAGAUGGCAGGCCCGACCACCCAAUCACGAUAGCCUACAUUUCAUCGAAUAAGAAUAAUGACAUGGACCCGAAGAAAGCCCAUGAACAGUAUUUACAAAGACUCUCAGAUUAUCAAAACGGUGAUUUGGAGAAAGGUGUCACUUUAAAAAACUAUCUUUACCGGUCUAACGAAAGGAAAUUAGAAGAUAUAAGAUACAAUCAGCUUCACCAUCCUUUGCCCAGAAUUGUGCUUGGUAUCUCAAUAUUAAUGGUCUUGUAUGUUUUGGCCAAGUACAGGAAGAAAAUAUUCAGUAAAUCAUCAUCCAAAAUAGUUUCUAUUAGAGAGGAUUGA